AUGGCUCAGCAGCAGCGCAGUGGGAAGCCAUACUCUGGCGUCAAUCCAAUUCCAAACAUCCACAAAUUCGUCGAAAGCCUUGACAAGGAUAAGAAAGAGCGAGACCGGCAGAUUGACGAACAGAACAAGCUAUAUGAGCAGCAGCACCAUGGCUCAGUCAAACCACAUAAGAGUGCUCCAAAGCCAACUGGCGGGAAAACUGUCACCGAUCCUACGACUGGCAAGCAAGUGGUCAUUGAGGAUGUCGGCAAAGACUUCAUGAAGGCUGUGCGAGAUCCGCAGCUCACUGUGCCAAAUGCAAAUCUUGGAAAAGAGACAACCGUAAAGACAGAACCCACGCAGUCCAAUCCGGAAUACAAGGAGAAGCAGGAUAUCACUGCACCGCCCGACCCUAUCGCCGAGGGUAGCACGUCUGACGUUCCCAUACAUGGUGAAAAGACCAACAUACUUUUCCACCCAACACCAUCUGUCAGCUAUGAACCUAUGUUCGCAUCCCUCGAGAAGCGAGCUGGUGGCCUCUGCAUGGCCAUCCUCAUCGCCAUUAUCGUCGUUGGGAAGAUGUUUGGUGGGUCUUUGAAAGGCCUGAUACCUCUUGCCGCAUGUAUAUCUUCCGGGGUUUGGUUGUGGAUGAAGGAAGUCGUCCGCAGUGGUCGUGAGGUCGAGUGGAGCAGUGAGCAAACAAGAGGCGAGACAGCGACUGCAAAUUUAUUGCCCGAAUCCGUCGAAUGGAUGAACACUUUCCUUGGUGUGGUCUGGGGUCUCAUCAACCCAGAAAUGUUUGCGGCAGUUGCAGAUACGCUGGAAGACGUAAUGCAAGCUUCAGUACCAGCUGUCAUUGAAAAUGUCAGAGUUGCCGAGAUCAACCAAGGGAACAAUCCCAUGCGCAUUCUAAGUCUUCGAGCUUUACCAGAGAGCAAGGUCCAAGAUCUAAAGACGAGCAUUCACGAUGAGAACAAGACCAAAAAGGAUCCUCAGGAAGCUGCCGCUGACGAAGAAGGCGGAGACUACUAUAAUCUGGAGAUUUCGUUUGCUUACCAUGCAAAGCCUGCUGGGUCAUCCUCCUCGUCCAAAGCCCGUAACAUGCAUAUGGAACUUGUCUUCUACCUAGGAAUCAAGGGACUUUUCGGGGUACCCCUGCCCAUCUUUGUCGAGCUACAAGAACUUGUGGGUACUGUUCGCCUGCGUCUCAUGAUGACACCUGAGCCUCCAUUCGCCAAGAAUUUGACCUUCACGUUGAUGGGAGUACCCCAUGUCCAAGCUGGGUGCGUUCCGAUGGUGUCAACCGGUGUCAACAUCCUGAACCUUCCCCUGAUCUCCAACUUUGUCAACUACGCAGUCGCUGCUGCCGCUUCUCUUUACGUUGCUCCGAAGUCCAUGUCGCUUGACUUGAAAGCAAUGCUACAAGGAGACGACAUCACCAAAGAUACUCAAGCUAUGGGCGUGAUGUGGAUUCGUAUCCACCGCGCCAUUGGUCUUAGUAAACAAGACAAACGAGGCUCCAAACAUGGCGGCUCAGAUCCUUACAUUAACCUUUCGUUCUCGAAAUAUGGCAAACCGAUGUACUGCACGCGUGUCAUUACUGAUGACCUAAAUCCUAUUUGGGAAGAGACCACCGCUCUUUUGGUGACACCAGAAUUGAUCAAAGCUGAUGAGCAGCUUAGUGUUGAGCUUUGGGAUUCAGACCGACACAGCGCGGAUGACGUGGUUGGAAAAGUUGAGCUUUCCAUGCAGAAGCUGAUUCAGCACCCAGGUAAAAUGUUCCCUCAAGUCAGUAAGCUGGCCGGCGUUCAUGCCGAGUCGGAGAUGCCGGGUGAAUUGCGCUGGGAAGUUGGGUAUUUUGGGAAGCCGAAAUGGCGACCUGAGCUUCGUACAGAUGGCAAGGACAGAAACCUGCCUUCGCAGCUCCAAGACGAAAAGAGUCUCCAAGAUGAGAAAGGCAAAUUGGACAGUCCAGAGGCUGACGCAGUGGCACAUACACCACCCGAUCCGCUUUGGCCCAGCGGAAUCUGUAGCGUGAUCGUGCACCAGAUUGUGAAUCUUGAAUUGGAGAACAUUCAAGGCACACGAGGAAGCCGGAAAGGGAGAGAGUAUGAGCCAGCCAAACCAUUCGGUGAAGCCACAGACGAAGAGUCAAAGAACCUGCCAACUUCCUACUGUACCAUUCUAUACAACGAUGUACUCGUCUAUCGGACUAGAGCCAAGGCUAUCAGCAGCAAACCCAUCUUCAAUGCUGGAACUGAGCGAUUUAUGCGCGAUUGGAGGUCUGGUAUCGUUACGGUCACAGUUCGCGACCAACGAUACCGUGAACAUGAUCCCAUUCUCGGUGUUGUACCUUUGAAACUUACAGACAUUCUGCAGACCAGUUCGCAGGUAACACGAUGGUAUCCGCUUGAUGGCGGUAUCGGCUUCGGAAGAAUUCGCAUUUCACUCCUUUUCCGGAGCAUCGAAACACGCUUGCCGCCAAAUCUGCUUGGGUGGGAUGUAGGCACUUUUGAGUUCCUAUCGGAGCGCAUUCUUGGCUUAAAAUAUUCUCACAUCACUAAGCUCAAGCUGAGGACUGGUGGUUCUACAGGAGUUAUUCCCCGCACCGAUUGCCGAAAGCUUGACGAAGGCGAUGGAAUCUACUGGGACCUGGCGCGGAAAGACGGAAAGUACAAUGUUCGUCUGCCAGUCAAACAUCGCUACCGGUCUCCCGUCGUGUUUGAAUUCCAUACUGCCGGCCAUCGAGGUGCUGUGGCGUAUGCGCAAAUCUGGCUGCAGCAUCUCACCGACGAUGAGGAAAUUCCAAUUGACAUCCCUAUCUGGACGACGAAGAACAGCAAUCGGUUGACACAGAAUUAUGUUACCGAGCAGAAUUGCCACGAAGUGUCCGGCCUUGAAGAUCUAAAAGAGGUUGGUCGGCUUCAAUUCCGCGCCAGAUUCAAGCCCGGCACCGAUGAGUCUCAUAGGGCAUUUGUGACUGACAAUGAUAGUCGGGAGACAUUCGAGACAUGGGAGGCUUGCCUAGCAGAAGGUGUCAGAGACCGGACUGUGCCCAAGGAGGUGCCAGACCGUGUGCAGGAACUGCACAACGAAUCACUCACAAGCGGUCGAGAUGUACUCAAGGCGGCCUCGGAGGAAGAGAAAAAGCUUUGGCUUAGCAAGUCCGGCACCGACUGGUCUGGUGCCUUCGGUCACGACCCUAGAGCCUAUAUGGACAACAAGGGGCGCAAGAUUGCUGAACCUGGAGCAGAUCGUCCGCCACAUGAUCCUUUCAAUCCUUCCUCGGAUGAGGACCACGAGGAUGGCAGCGAUGACUCGAGCUCAGAUCUGGGCAUCACUGAUGCCACCAACGCACCAAGCAAGAAAAGGUCGAGCAUGGACACGACCAGGUCAGGCAUGACGGGCUAUUCCUCCAUGGAUGGAUCUCCCACAUCUAGACGGGAAUCUAAUAAGCUCAACAAAGAUACUGAAAAGCGUAAGCAUAGAGGACUAAUGCAGUGGAAACCGGCCAGAAACGCUUCCUUCGCCAAAGACCAGGCUAAAUAUGGGAUCAACAAAAUCAAACGCAGGUUUUCAGGAAGUCUUGGUGGCAGGGAACCAGGUGUUGAGACGGAAAUUGGGUCUUGA